ACCAGGAAAGAACAAACAUCAGCCAGCCAAAAAAAACAAGAACAAAGAUGGACGUCAGCAAUCUCUUCAACGUCUCUGGCAAGGUAGUGUUGGUCACGGGCGGCGGCCGCGGGAUCGGGUACAUGAUCGCGCAGGGCUACGUCGAGAACGGCGCCAAGGUCUACAUCUCGUCGAGGGACGCCGCGUCGUGCGAAAAGGCGGCAAAGGAGCUGACGGCCAAGGGCCCCGGCAGCGCCGUCGCCCUCCCGGCGGACCUACAGUCGCUAGACGAGUGCAAGCGCCUGGCGGCCGAGCUCUCGGCGCGCGAGCCGCGCCUGCACGUGCUCGUCAACAACUCGGGCGCCGCCUGGGGCGACAGCUACGACACGUACCCGGACGGCGCGUGGACCAAGCUGCUGACGCUCAACCUGCAGCGCGUCUUCACCCUGACGCAGCUGCUGACCCCUCUGCUCGAGGCGGCGGCGGCGGCGGCCGCCGCCUCCUCCCCCUCGGACCCGGCGCGCGUCAUCCACAUCGGCUCCGUCGACGCGCUGCGCGUCCCCGCCCUCGCAAACUUCGCCUACAGCGCCUCAAAGGCCGGGCUGCACCACCUCGCGCGCGCGCUCGCGCUCGAGCUGGGGCCCCGGGGCGUCACGAGCAACACGCUCGCGUGCGGGCCCUUUGCCACAAGGAUGAUGGCCGCCACGCUCGACUCGGCCGGCGACGCCAUCCGGGACGCGAACCCACUCGGCCGCAUCGGGCGGCCCGAGGACGUCGCCGGCGCGUGCCUGUGGCUGUCGAGCAAGGCCGGCUCGUACAUCAACGGUGCCACCAUCCCCAUCGACGGUGGCUUGUCGCUGGUCUCCAAGAUGUAAGGGUAGAGCCUCAAGUAGAUGUACCACCAGAGCCGUUCGCAUUGUAUAGACAAUAUUGGUUUAUCGUCCC